AUGCUCCAUUCGUCCCCGUACAAGCCUUUGGAGAUUCCAGAGGAUCUAUCUGUUCCAGAUUUUGUGCUUCAAGCUACAUCUGAUCAGGAUGAAGCUAUGCCGUUGCUGUAUCCAUGCCCUCAGACAACACGGAAGUCCACUACGCCUAUUUCGUUAGGCCAAGUGCGGGCCCAGGCCAAAGCCAUGGCCACGUCGCUGCUUUCGCCCCACAUCGAGGGCGGUGCGUGGAAGAGAGGCGAUGUUAUAGUGGUGUACUCAGAGAACCAACACGACUAUCUCUUGGCCGUCUUGGGUGUAAUGAUGUCGGGCGGUGUGGCUGCCCUGUCAAACCCAAUGUACAAGCCGGAUGAAAUGCGUCAUGUAUUUGAUUUAACGAAGCCACGCGCCAUUCUAGCUUCGGUUGCUACGUACGAAAAGGCUGUACAGGCGGCUAAGAGUUAUGAGGAGCUUUGCAAGCAUGACAUCACCGUAUAUGUGUUUGACGAGGACCACGAGCGCAGCUACUUAAAGCUCCUAGUGGAGCCUGGCAUGAAGCUGUACAACGACGGGGAUGACGCUGUGCAUCGUGUACCAUUUUCCCCGAAGGAGCAAGAUGCCAUUUAUUGCUUCAGCUCCGGCACGUCUGGCUUGCCCAAGGCCGUCCGACUUUCGCACUUCAACUUGAUCGCCAAUGCUAUUCAAAUGACGGCGACUCUAGGUGGGCGUAUCAACAAACCCUCCGAGAAGUUUAUGCAGUGGUAUGAUCAGCCAGAGGCGCCUAUUCAAGACGGUAAGAAUGAGAUACAUUACUCCAUUCUGCCUCAGUUCCAUUGCUAUGGAAUGCUCACUUCGCUUAUCAACUUACACACACUCACGCCAGCCGUCAUUGCAGCGCGCUUUUCACCUGAGACCUUCUUUUCUACCGUAGAAGAGUUCCAUGUUACUUUCGCAUUUGUUGUCCCCCCUAUCAUGAUUGCACUCGUUCGUUCCCCUCUUGCGAAGAAGUACGAUCUUUCUUCCAUCAAAUCACUUGCGUCCGGUGCUGCGUCUCUCUCUAAGGAGCUGUGCGAGCUUGUGCGUGACAAGUAUGGGCUCCAUGUAACGGAUGGAUACGGAAUGACGGAGAUGUCUCCCAUCAUUGCCUUGCAAACGCAGCGUGACCUGCAGUAUCAUAAGCUCAAUGUCGGCCGUCUCGUAUCUAACACGGAGGCAUAUGUCAUUGACGUCAACACUGGCAAGAAAGUAGGGGUAAACAAGCCGGGCGAGCUUCUGGUUCGGGGUCCCCAAAUGAUGCAGGGCUACCUUGGCAACGAAAAAGCAAACCAAUCGGCGUUUGCUAUGGAUGACGAGGAUUCUGGCCGUUUCCUACGUACAGGCGACAUUGUCUCGUUCGAUGAUAAAGGCUACAUUACUAUUCAUGAUCGCGUCAAAGAUAUCAUCAAGUACAAUGGGUACCAAAUCGCUGCCUCAGAAAUUGAGGCCAUCAUCAAUUCCAUCCCCCAUGUCCUUGAAUCAGCUGUUGUGGGUAAAAUUGUAAAAGAAGAUGUCGCAAAAAAUGAGCUGCCUUGGGCCUUUAUUGUACUCCGGUCAGAUGCACCCGAUAUGUCUGAGGAGAAACGGUCUGAGGAGGUGAUAUCAUAUGUAAACGAGCGUGUGGCGGGGUAUAAAAAGCUCCGAGGCAUAACUUGGACUGACCAGUUGCCACGCAGCGCCGCCGGGAAAGUGCUCAAGCGCGAGCUUAGGGACCAAUUAUCGCUUGAUUAA